CGAAAAGAGCUAUGCAUGGAGUAAAGGUCUCAUAAACUGGCAUUUCCAUUGAGCUCAGGUGUUUGGUAGGCGCGCCGUGGCGGUGGCGCCUUCCUAUUGCCAGGGCGCGCCUUCCUAUCCUGCACGCCGUCAGAUCAACAACAACCUCACCCAAUUGCACCCGAAAACAACGCAACUUGACCGCUUCUUCGCCGAACGCAGUUGGUCUCUUCUUGUGCUAUACGAUAGCAGUGAAACAUGCUUCAUUGAGAGGCUGGAAGUCCUCAAAGAGCUUCACAGCACCCACCCCAGAAACGCUUAGAGCUUCUGAAGACAUUCAGACUGUGGUACGUAUUUCACAAGACAAUAAGAGUAAGGAUUGAGCAUGCAGCCUACCAGACACUCCUCCGCCCGCAAAGGCAAGUACAGCACUGCAUGGAUGGACCGGCGCCCACGAACCAGCUCGAAUGCGAUAAAGGGUCUUCUUGACCGUCAAUUUGCCAGCAUUUCAGACAUCCUAGCUAAAGCAAGUCAAGGACGUGACGGCGCAGACAUACAACACAAGAAGGCAAGAAAGCCGACAGCGGCGCCCACCGAACAAGUGUUUGGGCUUGACCUCCCGGACACCUUAGGAUCAGCAGUUUUGAAGGGCAGCGACUCUGACACCGGAAAAUCAGGACUUGAGCAGUUGAAGCAAGGCUUGGAAGACGGUACUGUCAGCGUGCCGCGAACUACCAUGGACACGACAAUGACCGCAGAUGUCUGCGAAGCUCCACACGUCUCACUGCGCCGGGGACACGAGUCAAAUGUCGAGAAUGAUCCCAAGAAAAUGCUUGCAGAGCUGGACCGACUGCAAAAGCGUUCCAGCAUGGUUUCUCUCAGUGCGUUCGACAUCAGUGACGACCCAAAGAGAAUGCUUGCUGAGUUCGAAAAACGAACACUGUCACCGAGCCAGGCGAUCAUAGACAACAACCCGAGAAGGAUGCUUGACGAUCUCGAUCGAAACACACACUCAUCGAGCAGAGACCUCCAUGAAGACGAUAACGACGACCUCGAGGUCCUUCGUAGCAGAUUAGUGGCUAUGCUCUCGCCGUCACGCGACCGGUCGUCACAUAACUCAGUCCACAACGGCACUCACAUGUCUUGCUUCCUUGGUGCGAAACAUUCGGAAGGGUCGGAGGCUCAAAACGAUGCUCCUGACCACAAAGCUAUCGGUCUCUAUGAGAGAAGUAUUCCAUAUGCGGUUGCGCUCGAGCUAGAAGUCAUGGGAUUCAAAUGGGAGCUGGUUAAGGGCUGGACUACAUACGUCUUCAGCGCUGGCUUGGAUGGGCAGGUUGCUCAGCAACACAAAAACGCUAUCAUCAAACGAGCAGAAGAGGAGCUAAGCACCAUCAUCCAACACACCAUGAAAGAAGAACUGCGCUACCGCGAGGUUGAAGAAAGGGAGAGACUCCCGGGCCGAAUCAUCGUCUCCAACCUCGCUGCCGACGCUGGCGAAGAAGACCUUAAGCAGGUUCUCUACAAAUACAGGCACGACACUCGCGACAUCACCCUCCUGAAUGAGCGGGACCCAAUCAGAAGAACGAGGAUUGCUCACGUCGAUUUUUCGACACGAAUGGCCGCCGUGCGAGCAUCCUACCUUGUUGGUCACAUCUUUGGGCUCUGUUUGGAUAUCAGACUAGCCAUUGAAGAACUGACCUAGAACAUACUAUCUGGGAAAGACGACUGUGUCAGACACUAAGGCCUCAAACAAUCAAUUGUAUCAAUCGGAUUGAUACAGGACAAUGUUGGAAACUUUUAUCCUAGCAGGAAAGACACUCUGAACGCGGCCUGUGAUCCAGAGAUGCUAAUUCCACUCACUCUAUUU